UCGGAGAGAGUUCAGUCAGUGAGCAGAGAGAGCGGUUGAGAGUGUCGGUACCAUGCAGGGAUUCGGAAAUUACAAACUUCAUGAAAAGCCACCAAGCAAAGGACGUUAGUACUGAAAUAGUUUCAGUGAGGAGUGCGCUGCAAACAUGCAGAACCACGUGACUUCACUUCUGGUGGUUCUGCUUCUCCUGUGCGGCUGCACUGGGAUCCAAUGCCUCGACACUGCGCACAUCCCUCUGUUUACCCAGUCUGUUUACAAUGCAACCAUUUAUGAGAACUCAGCUGCUAAGACCUAUGUGGAAAGUCCUGUCAAAAUGGGAAUCUACAUCACAGACCCUACCUGGGAAAUACGGUACAAAAUCGUGUUGGGAGACAAUGAGAACCUGUUCAAAGCUGAGGAAUAUCAAUUGGGAGACUUUAGUUUUUUGCGAAUAAGGACCAAAGGAGGUAGCAGUGCUAUUCUUAACCGGGAGGUUAGAGACCACUAUAUUCUCACAGUCAAAGCCAUGGAAAAGAAUUCAAAUGCUGAGGCACGAACACAAGUCAGGAUUCAGGUACUGGACACAAAUGAUCUUCGACCACUGUUCUCUCCAACCGCUUAUAGCAUAUCUAUACCAGAAAACACAGCUAUUCGCACAAGCAUAGCCAAAGUGAUGGCGACGGAUGCAGAUAUCGGCACGAACGGAGAGUACUACUACAGCUUCAGGGAAUGGACGGAAAUGUUUUCGGUCCACCCCACAAGUGGUGUAGUUACGCUAACUGGAAAGCUGGACUACUCUGAGACAAAGCAGUAUGAAUUAGAGAUUUUAGCAGUGGAUCGAGGCAUGAAACUGUAUGGUAGCAGUGGAUUUAGCAGCAUGGCUAAGUUAACGGUACGAGUAGAGCAGGCCAACGAGCACGCACCGGUCAUCACUGCUGUAACCCUAGCGCCCUCAGACACAGACAAGGACCCUACUUAUGCUGUUGUGACUGUCGAAGACAAUGACCAAGGUGCUAACGGUGAGAUAGCAUCUCUCAGCGUGGUUGCAGGCGACCCUCUUCAGCAGUUUAAAGCCAUGCGGACCAGUCCAGGCAGUAAGGAAUAUAAAAUCAAAGCAGUUAAGCAGGUUGAUUGGGAUAGUCAGCCCUUUGGAUACAACCUUACACUCCAAGCCAAAGACAAAGGGAGUCCACCCCAGUUUUCAUCUGCAAAGGUCAUCCAUGUCACGUCCCCCCACUUUAAAGUAGGGCCUCCUAAGUUCAAUCAAGCUAUUUACAGAGUCAAUGUGAGUGAAUUUGCACCACUGCACACACCUGUUGUAAUGGUAACAGCUGUGCCAAAGUAUCCUCAGCUUAAGUAUGCAUUCAGACACAAAUUGGAUAAAAAUCAUUUUACCAUUAAUGCUGAUACAGGCUUGAUCACAACAGCUGGGCCCCUUCAUGCAGACUCUGUGAACAAGUAUGAAUUAGAAGUUGUGACCAGCGACAAAAAAGCAUCUGCAAAAGUAAUCAUCAAUGUGAUCGACGUGAACAACAACGCACCAGAAUUCAAACAGACAUCUUAUAAAGCUAGCAUUGAUGAAAAUAUGCCCAAAGGUACUAGUGUACUAACCGUAAAAGCCACUGAUUUAGACAGUGGGGAAAAUGGAUAUGUCACUUACAGCAUUGCCAAUGUGAAUCCCCAGCCGUUCGUCAUUGACUACUUCUCUGGUGUCAUCAGUAGUUCCGAGAUUUUGGAUUAUGAACUGAUGCCAAGGAUUUAUACCUUGAAAGUGCGGGCGUCAGACUGGGGUUCCCCUUUUCGACGUGAGCUGGAAACUCAGGUUACAGUUACACUUAACAACUUGAAUGACAACAAGCCACUUUUUGAGAAUGUGGAUUGCAACAUAAUUGUGCCAAGAGACCAUGGCCUUGGUGAACAGAUCACGACGGUGUCUGCUAUUGAUGCUGAUGAGUUGCAGUUGGUGAGGUACAGAAUGAAAGCUGGGAAUGACUUGAAUCUUUUUGAAAUGAAUCCAAACUCAGGCGUUCUGUCUUUAAAGCAGCUUUUGAGUGAGGGUGAGGCAGCAAAAGUGUCCUAUCACAGCUUGCAGAUCAUAGCCAGUGAUGGAGAACAAGAAACUCAGCCCAUGUUUUUGAACAUUACGGUCGUUACGGCGCGUAAACCAGUCCAAGUGAAAUGUGUUGAUACUGGAGUUGCCAGCAUGCUGGCAGAAAAGCUGCUGCAAGGAAGCAAGAUCCACAGCCAAAGUGAACCUGAAGACCACUUCCAAGACUUUCACUCUGUGAAUCGCUUUGCACCCCAGUUUGCAGAAACAUUUCCCAGUCUGAUUGAGGUCAAGGAAGAUUUGCCUGUCGGGGCCAGGAUUGUCCAUCUUAGUGCCACGGAUUCUGACAGCGGUUUUAAUGGAAAACUUGUUUACGUUAUCUCUGGGGGUGAUGCUGAGAGUCGUUUCGUUCUUGACAUGGACAGCGGGUGGCUCAAAGUCUAUGCACCUCUUGACAGAGAAACAACCGAUCACUACACAUUGAACAUUACAGUGUAUGACCUUGGAAUACCCCAGAAGUCAUCUUCACGUCUGCUGGAUGUAAAGAUCCUGGAUGCUAAUGACAACAGUCCACAGUUUUUACAGGACACAUACUCCGUGGACAUCAGCGAGGGCACUGCGGUGGGCACAGAGAUCAUUCAAGUGGAAGCAAAAGAUAAAGAUCUUGGUGAUAAUGGUGUGGUCACAUACUCCAUACUGGCAGACAUGGAUCAAUUUUCUAUUGAUCCAAAAACCGGGAUCGUUACGGUGAAGAAGCCUCUAGACCAUGAAGUGCAAGCCAGUUUUGUGCUCAAGAUAGCAGCUCGUGAUCAGGCCACUGCUGAACCUCAACUUGUCUCUACUGUGUUGCUUAAAAUCACACUGGAGGAUGUAAAUGACAACCCCCCAAAAUUUAUUCCUCCAAACUAUCAGGUGAGAGUACGUGAGGAUCUACCCAUUGGUACUGUUAUAAUGUGGCUGGAAGCUCACGACCCUGAUGUUGGGCCAUCUAGCCAGGUACGAUACAGCCUCAUUGACAAUGGGGAUGGGAAAUUUGAAGUAGACAAAUUGAGUGGUGCCGUACGAAUCGUGCAGAAUCUGGAUUACGAGAAAAAGCAAGUGUACAGUCUCACAGCAAGGGCAAAGGACAAAGGGAAGCCGAUAUCUUUGUCCUCGAGUUGUCACAUUGAGGUGGAGCUUGUGGACGUGAACGAGAAUCUGUACAGGCCAUUGUUCCCAUCAUUUGUGGAUAAGGGAUUUAUAAAAGAGGAUGUGCCCAUUGGAACAUCAGUGAUGAAAAUCAAAGCUCAGGAUGAGGAUAAAGGAAGAGACGGAGAAAUCCGUUACUCCAUUCGGGAUGGGUCGGGUCUGGGGAUCUUUACUAUCGACGAAGAAACUGGUGUGAUCCGAACACAGGAACUGCUGGACCAUGAGACCGUAGCUCACUACUGGCUGACAGUCUACGCCACUGACCAUGGUGUGGUCCCACUGUCUUCCUUCGUGGAGGUCUACAUCGAAGUCCAGGAUGUCAAUGAUAAUGCCCCACAGACCUCUGAACCUGUCUAUUAUCCGUCUGUCAUGGAGAACUCACCUAAAGAUGUCUCCAUCAUCCAGAUUGAGGCCUUUGACCCAGACACCAAGUCCAGUGAAAAGCUGUCCUACAAGAUCACUAGCGGGAACCCCCAGGGUUUCUUCAGCAUCAACCCUAAGACUGGUUUGGUCACCACCACGUCUCGGAAGCUGGAUAGAGAACAACAGGAUGAACAUAUUCUAGAGAUCACAGUAUCUGAUCAGGGCGUUCCCGUGAAGUCCGCCACCGUUCGUGUCAUCGUCAAAGUCCUGGAUGAGAAUGACAACAAACCACAAUUUAUGGAGAAAGUCUACAAAAUCAAACUCCCAGAGCGUGAAAAGCAGGAGAAAGAGCGUGCUCUCAGGAGAGAUCCCGUGUACCGCGUCAUCGCCUCCGAUCGAGACGAAGGGCCAAACGCUGAGAUUUCCUACAGCAUCGAAGACGGAGAUGAACAGGGAAAGUUUUUCAUUGAGCCCAAAACUGGCAUGGUUUCCUUUAAAAAGUUUUCUUCUGCUGGAGAUUAUGAUAUCUUAACGAUUAAAGCAGUAGAUAAUGGCCGACCCCAGAAAUCGUCCACCUGCCGUCUACAUAUCGAAUGGAUCCCCAAGCCGGAGCCGAGCGAGGUCCCUCUGGCAUUUGACGAGGCAUUUUACACCUUUUCAGUCAUGGAGAGUGACCCCGUGUCACACAUGGUCGGGGUCAUCACUAUAGAGUCUGUGGAUACACCAGUCUGGUUUGAAAUAACAGGUGGUAAUUCUGACAGUCGAUUUGAGGUGGGGAAGGCGAGUGGGACGGUGAUUGUGGCCCAAGCGCUGGAUGCAGAGCAGAAAUCCCAUUACAACCUGACGGUGGACGCAACAGAUGGCAACAGAUCUGUCAGCACGCAGGUUCUUAUUAAAGUGAUCGACACCAACAAUCAUCGCCCGCAGUUCUCUAAGUCCAAGUAUGAAGUGAAUGUCCCUGAAGAUACCUCACCUGACACAGAGGUGUUACAGGUUUCAGCUACAGACCAGGAUGAGAAGAACAAGCUAACCUACACGCUCCUGAGCAGCACUGACCCAUUCAGUCUACGCAAGUUCAGACUAGAUCCUGGAACCGGCGUGUUGUACACUGCAGAGAAACUAGACCACGAAACCAUGCACCAACAUACUCUAACUGUCAUGGUACGAGAUCAGGACAUUCCUGUGAAGCGGAACCUGGUGCGUGUGAUUGUAAAUGUGCAGGACACCAAUGACAAUGCACCUUGGUUCUCUGGUGCACCAUAUGUGGGCCGUGUGUUUGAGUCUGCUGCAAUCGGCUCUGCAGUGCUUCAGGUCUCUGCUCUUGACAAAGACAAAGGGCAGAAUGCUGAGAUCAUCUAUAGCAUUGAGUCAGGAAACGUGGGAAAUUCAUUUGCUAUUGAUCCUGUCCUGGGCACUAUCACUGUGGCAAAGGAGCUGGACCGUAGCAACAGGAACCGAUUUGAGCUAACUGUGAAAGCUUCUGACAAAGGCACACCACCACUUAGUGCUACUGCUUCUGUUGACUUAACUGUCACUAUUUCCGACAAUGCCAUCCCUAAAUUUGCAGGGAAGGAGUUUUCUGCAGAAGUCAGCGAAACCGCUCGGCCUGGAGCAUUUGUGAGUCUGGUUACAGCCAACAGCCAAUCAUCAGUGUUCUAUCAGAUCAAAGACGGAAAUGUGAAUGGAGCAUUUGACAUCAACCCCAACUCUGGAGUCGUUGUGACCCAUUCGGUUUUGGAUUAUGAGAAUAUUCCUUCAUACAAACUAACCAUUCAGGGAACCAACAUGGCUGGUCUGGCUAGUAACACUACUCUGCUGAUUCACUUGAAGGAUGAAAAUGAUAAUGCACCUGUAUUUAUUCAAGAUGAGUUCACUGGAAUGGUCAGCGAGUCUUCUCCAGUCAACAGUGUAGUCCUCACCAAAGACAACACACCACUUGUCAUCCGUGCUGUAGACACUGACCAUGAUACGAACUCUAGGCUGGUCUAUCAGAUUGUUGAGCCCUUUGCCCAUAAUUACUUUGCCAUCGACUCUAGUACUGGUUCAAUCAGAACCAUCAGUGAAUUGGAUUAUGAGCAAAGAUCUGUGUUUCACUUUUCUGUUCAAGUCCACGACAUGGGAAUCCCCCGUCAUUUUGCAGAGAAGGCUGCUAACGUGACUAUUGAGAUCCUGGAUGUCAAUGACUGCCCGCCUCAGUUCAGCCAAGAUCUAUAUGAAACCACAGUCUUAGUGCCAACUUACAAAGGAGUGGAAGUGAUCACUGUCAAUGCCACAGAUACAGACUCUGGUCCAAAUUCAAGGCUGUUUUUCUCUACUGUCGAAGGCAAUAUUGGAGAGAAGUUUAAAAUGGACCCGGUCACAGGGGUUAUCACUAUUCGAAAUGUCACUCAGCUUAGAAGCAGGUAUGAGCUCAAAGUUAGGGUUUCUGAUGGCAGGUUUUCUAAAACAGCUUUGGUAAAAAUAAAUGUCAGAGAGAAUAAGGAAAGCACUCUGAGGUUCACCCAAGAAUCAUACAAGGUCUUUGUACCAGAAAAUUCCGUAGAGAAAAAGACUUUAGCUGUAAUUGCUGCAGUGGGAAACCAAGUCAAUGAACCUUUGUUUUAUACAAUUCUGAACCCUGAUAAGAGAUUCACAAUAAGCCGUACUUCGGGAGUACUCUCCUCUACAGGCACACCCUUUGAUCGAGAAGAGCAAGCUGUAUUUGAUAUUGUGGUGGAGGUGACCAGAGAAGACAAGUCAUCUGAUGUAGCCCAUGUCCUUGUGACUGUAAUAAUAGAGGAUGUUAAUGACAACCCACCUGUGUUUGUCAAUUUACCCUAUCAGGCAGUGGUGCUAGUUGACACUGAGGUGGGUCACAUCAUCACAAAAGUGACUGCGGUUGAUGCAGAUAUUGACAGAAAUGCUGAGAUCAGCUACCAUCUUCAGGAGCAAAAUGAGUUCGUUCAGAUCAGCAUGGAUGGUGAAAUCUCACUAACAAAGAAGCUUGAGAAAGACUCCCUUAACACUGAAUUUGUAGUAACCGCUGUAGCCAGAGAUGGAGGUGAACCAGCUCUUUCCUCAUCUGUUGAAGUGCCAAUAAUGGUUGUAAACAAAGCAGUGCCUGUGUUUGAGAAAACCUUCUACAGUCUGGAGAUCCCAGAGAACAUACCGUUACUAAUGCCUGUUGUACACAUUCAGGCUAAUGACUCUGAAGGCCCUAAAAUAGUGUACACAAUUACAGAAGGGGACCCUCUCAAUCAGUUCUCCAUCAACUUCAAUACUGGCGUCAUUCAGGUUGUAAAGCCUUUAGAUUUCGAGACCCACCCAGCCUAUAAACUCAGCAUAAGGGCCACCGACUCGCUAACUGGUGCCAAAGCUGAAGUCUUUGUCGACAUAAUCUUGGAAGAUGUUAAUGACAACCCACCUGUUUUCCAUAGCAAAUUGUACAAUGCAAGUCUUUCAGAAGCGUCAGUAAUUGGGACAUCUGUAUUACAAGUCUCAGCUACAGAUGCUGAUAAAGGUAACAACCAAGUGCUCUUUUAUCAGAUUGUUGAAGAUAAAGAUAAAGACAAGAGCUCUGAUUACUUUAGCAUCGAUCGUGACACAGGCACAAUCUGGACAACUCAAAUGCUUGACCAUGAAGAAAAACCCUCACAUAAGCUGAUGAUUAGAGCAGUUGAUGGUGGAGUACCUGCCCUUUCCAGUGAGGUCAUGGUGUUAAUUGAUGUAACGGACCUUAACGACAACACUCCAGUGUUCUCACAGAAUGUCUAUGAAGCUACGGUCAGUGAACUGGCACCCCGUGGCCACUUUGUCACCCAGGUUCAGGCUUCUGAUGCUGACAACUCAGAUAGUGGUAAACUUGAAUUCUCAAUAAUAUCAGGAAAUGAAGGACAAAACUUUGCUAUAGAUCCAAACAAUGGGGCUAUAAUCAUAUCAAACCACCGGAAACCCCAUAUGGAGUCUCUCUACAACAUCAAUGUGUCUGUAUCAGAUGGUGUAUUCAGAAGUUCAGCCAUUGUGAAGGUCAAUGUUAUUAGUGCUAACUUUCACAAUCCUACUUUCAACCAGGUGGAUUAUGUUGUUGAGCUUCUUGAGAACUCACCAGUUGGAACAUUAGUCACUGAGGCUCAAGCGACAGAUGAGGACUCGGGUACAUAUGGAAGACUCACCUAUCAUAUAGUCAAUGACAUUGCUAAAGACAAGUUCUCAAUCUCUGAAGAUGGAGAGAUCUUCACUUUGGAGAGUCUUGACCGAGAGAACCCACUGGAGAAAGUGAUUCCGAUUUCUUUAAUCGCUAAAGAUGGUGGUGGAAAAGUUGGCUUCUGCACUGUAAAUGUGAUUUUAACGGAUAUCAAUGAUAAUGCCCCGCAGUUCAGAGCUGCUGAUUACAAAGUUAAUGUUGCUUCCGACAUGCCAAGAGGAACAACCAUACUUAAGAUUGCAGCGUCCGACAUGGAUGAAGGUAGUAAUGCAGACAUCACCUAUUCUAUUGAAGGAGACGCAGACAAUGUUGAGGAGAAUUUUGAAAUCCACCAGUUUAGUGGUGUCAUUGUAACAAAGGAAAGCCUCAUUGGACUGGAGAACCAACUCUACACAUUUCUUGUAAGAGCAAAGGAUGGCGGAAAUCCUACUAAGUCCUCUGUUAUUCCAGUCUAUGUCAGGAUUCUUGCUCCUGAGGUCCCAGUGCCAAAGUUCAUAGAGUCCCACUACAGGUUUGCCAUAGAUGAAGAUCUUCCUCUUGGUUCAGAAAUAGAUGUCAUUCAAGCUGAAAGUGAUCAGCCAGUCUUUUACAGCCUGGUGGAAGGGAAUACUCCUGAGAGCAACCAAGAUGAGGUAUUUGUAGUUGACCCCACCUCAGGAUCUUUGAAGCUGGAGAAGAAGCUUGACCACGAGAGCACCAAAUGGUAUCUGCUAACCCUACAAGCACAAAGCGAAUAUGAUGGUAACAAAGUUGUCUCCUCUGUGGAUAUUAGUAUCCAAGUCAAGGACGUCAAUGAUAAUCCACCGCUCUUUGAGUCAAACCCUUAUGAAGCUUUCAUUGUGGAGAAUCUUCCAGGUGGCACCUCUGUUAUACAGGUGAAGGCCACUGACCUGGACUCUGGCACUAAUGGUCACAUGAUUUACAAUCUAGAUUCCAACCAAGAGGCAAGGGACAUUGCAGAAUUGUUUGCCAUCAACAGUGAAACAGGAUGGAUUACCACAUUAAAGGAGCUUGACCGUGAGUCACACUGCCACUUAAUUACACCGGCGCUUUCUGUUAAUGUUGGGAAGUCCAAGCAAACAAGAAGAUAAACUUCAUGAAUGCUGCGGAGUACUCAUUGCACAUAUAUUUCACAAUAACUUGUGAAAUAUAAGCAGUUAUAAAUUGAGCCAUUACUAUAGCUACUAGACAUACAGCAGGAAACCACACACAUAAAUAAUAGUUUCUUGCGUUUGCUCUCUGAAGGUGGAGACCCCUUGGGACAGUUUGGCAUUGAGCAUACUCAAGGCGAGUGGAAGGUCUCUGUGCGGAAGCCUCUCGACAGGGAGGAGAAGGACAAUUACUUGCUGAACAUUACGGCCACUGACGGGACCUUCACAACCAAGGCUGUGGUUGAAGUCAAGGUCUUAGAUGCCAAUGACAAUAGCCCAAUUUGUGAGAAGUCAUUCUAUAUGGAAAGCGUCUCGGAGGACUCCCCUGCUGGUAGGCUGAUCCUGCAGGUCUCCGCCACAGAUGACGACAUCCGUUCCAAUGCACAAAUCUCGUACGAGCUACUAGGGCCCGGAUCAGAGCACUUUAGCAUCGACUCUGAGACAGGUGAAUUGAAAACAUUGCUCCCUCUGGACCGUGAAGAAGAGGAGGUUCACAAGAUGAAGGUGCGUGCUCUGGAUGGAGGCGGACGCUUUUGUGAAGCCGAAGUUGAAAUCACAGUCGAAGAUGUCAAUGACAACGCUCCACAGUUCACCUCUGACCCCUACACUUUCACUGUGUUUGAGAACACAGAGAUAAACACACCUGUGGCUCGCCUGUACGCCACAGACCUGGACACAGGUUCUAAUGCAGAGAUCCUGUAUUCACUGCUGGACUCUGCUGAUGGUGUGUUCUCGAUCGAUGAGGAAACCGGCAUCGUGCAUCUGGAUCGUCCUCUGGACCGUGAACUCCAGUCACUCUACACCCUCCGCGCCUUUGCCACAGACCGUGGGUCCCCUCAGCGUCUCUCUUCCAUCACCACCGUCAGUGUUUCCAUCUUGGACAUCAACGACAACCCUCCAGUGUUUGAGCGCCGCGAGUACACUGCCACCGUCACUAAAGACAUUCCGGUGGGCAGCCAGCUGUUACGGGUGCACGCAGCCAGCCGAGACACAGAAGCAGGAGCAGAGAUUACAUACACAAUUAUCAGUGGCAACGAGAGAGGAGCGUUCCGCGUCGACCCCCAUACAGGUGGUGUCUUCGUGAUCGAGCGUUUGGACUACGAAACAGCCCAUGAGUAUUAUCUAACAGUGGAGGCUACAGAUGGAGGCACGCCGCCGCUGAGCGACAUGGCCACAGUGAACAUCAACCUGACGGAUGUAAACGACAACAGCCCCGUCUUCAGCCAAGACAUUUACUCUGCUGUGAUCAGCGAAGACGCAGAACUGGGAAAGACCGUGCUCACUGUCAUGGCUGACGAUGCAGAUGGUCCAUCCAGUAAUCAGGUGCGCUUCUCCAUCAUUGAUGGCAAUCAAGGCAGUCCUUUCACCAUCGACCCUAUUAGAGGAGAGGUCAAGGUGGCCCGCCAGCUUGACAGAGAGAAGACUUCAGGUUACACGCUGACUGUGUUGGCCUCUGACAACGGAAGCCCGGCUCGAUCCAGCAGCUCUACAGUCAACAUAGACGUCUCGGACAUAAACGAUAACUCGCCUCUCUUCUCUCAGGCCAACUACAGCAUCAUUAUACAGGAGAACCAGCCAGUCGGUACCAGUGUUCUCCAGCUCGCCGUGUCUGACCGUGAUGCCUCCCACAAUGGACCUCCUUUCACAUUUUCUAUCAUCAGUGGGAACGAGGGCGAAGCCUUCCGAAUCAGUCCUCAGGGCGCGCUGGUCUCCACAUCAACUCUGAGCCGCCAGACUCAAGAGUUGUACCUCCUACAGGCCCAGGUAACAGACAGCGGUCGCCCACCAUUGGUCUCCACUGCGUUUGUGAGUGUACGUUUGAUCGAGGAGAGCAUCUACCCUCCUGUCAUUCUUCCCCUGGACAUCUUUAUCACCACAGCAACAGACGAAUAUUCCGGUAGGGUCCUGGGUAAAAUCCACGCCACCGAUCAGGAUGUUUACGACACUCUAACCUACAGCCUCGCACCCGAUAGUUCCUCCGCCUCUGAAAACUCUGGCCUCUUCUCCGUCUCCCCUGCUGAUGGGAAACUAGUGGCCCGUGGGAAUCUGGAUGCCGGUCAAUACGUCCUUAACAUCACGGUGACAGAUGGUCGCUUUACCGCAGCUGCCCGAGUCAGUAUUCACGUACGGCAGGCAACAGCACAAGCUCUCGAUAACUCCAUCUCUGUGCGUUUCUCUGCUAUAGCGCCGGAAGAAUUUAUCGGAGAUUAUUGGCGUAACUUUUUGCGGGCUUUGCGGAAUAUCGCCGGAGUCAGACGCGGAGACGUGCAGUUAGUCAGCUUGCAACCUGCUGCUGAUGCCUCCGGUGACCUGGAAGUACUUCUAGCUUUAGAAAGGUCAGGAAGUCCAUUCCAGCCACAGGAAGUGGUGUACAGGAAGCUGAAUGCCUCAGUUGGGGUAAUCGAAGAGAUGACUGGAGUCCGUAUUGUACGAGUUGUAAAGAAACUCUGUGCCGGUUUGGACUGUCCUCUUAGUUACUGCCAAGAGACGGUUUCCUUGGAGACGGGAGCAGUGUCGGCCUACAGCACGGCCAGGAUUAGUUUUGUUACGCCACGUCACAUGCGAACAUCCAAAUGUCUCUGUGAAGGAGCUGAGUGUCCUGUCCUGAGCACACUCUGUGAGGGAAGCCCCUGUCCUGAUGGCAUGGAGUGUGUAGAAGACCCCAUACACACCAAAUUCAAAUGCAUCUGUCCUGAGGGAAAACAGGAAGAGUGCUCAGAGCGUCAGUCCUUAACAUUCAGCGGAAAUGGAUACGCACGGUACAGGCUGAUGGAGAACGAGAAUAAGGAAGAAAUGAAGCUGUCCCUCAGACUGAGAACGUUCUCCACCCAUGCCACGGUCAUGUACGCCAAAGGCACAGACUACAGCAUUCUGGAGAUUGUGAACGGCCGCCUGCAGUACAAGUUCGACUGUGGCAGUGGUCCUGGUGUGGUGUCCGUGCACAGUACCCAGGUCAAUGAUGGAGAGUGGCACACUGUCUCUCUCGAGGUAGAUGGCAACUACGCUAGACUGGUCCUAGAUCAGGUCCACGCCGCGUCUGGCACUGCUCCGGGAACUCUGCGCACACUCAACCUGGACACCAGCAUGUACUUUGGAGGUCAUGCACGGCCAGCGAGCGGCUCUGGAAGACUUGUGGUAAAUGGGCUGCGGGGUUGUCUGGAGGAGAUCGUGUUUAACGGGAGAGAGCUGCCUCUGUCUGAGGUUCGAGGGGUUCACUCCGUCCUAGAGGAGCUGGUCGAGGCGACUCCUGGAUGCAGCUUGCCUCCUCCAGUCCAGGGUUGCUACAGUAACCCCUGCACUAACGGAGGCACAUGUUCACCGCUGCCUAAUGGAGGCUAUUUCUGUAAGUGCACCGCUGCGUUCAUGGGCACUCACUGUGAAGUCACGAUCAGCCCCUGUGCCUCCAACCCCUGCCUCUAUGGAGGCACAUGUAUCCCACGAGGAGGAAACUUCUACUGCCAGUGCAGAGGACAGUACUCUGGGCAACGGUGUCAGCUGGGUCCAUACUGCACAGAUAACCCGUGUAAGAACAGCGGCAAGUGCAUCGAUAGCCUGGAUGGUCCCGUGUGUGAGUGUGAACCAGGUUUCCAAGGAGACAGGUGCCUCACUGAUGUAGAUGAGUGUCUGAAGAACCCUUGUGCCAAUGGUCACUGCCAGAACACGUACGGCUCCUUCAGCUGUAACUGCUCCGUGGGCUACAGCGGGCGGUAUUGUGAAUUUCCUCCCAGCCAACUUGUCUCCACCACUUGGAACAUCGGCCUGGAGGAAGUAAUCGGAAUCGUCGUCUUCGUUGCCAGCAUCUUUUUUAUCGUCGUACUGUUCAUUGUGGUUCGCAAGCGCAUUUGCCGGCGCUCAAAAUCCAAAUCUGACGAUGACGACAAGUUCGGCGUGAGCACAGGAGCCCCGCACGCCUUCCUCCAGCGGCCGUACUUCGACUCCAAACUCAACAAGAACAUCUACUCUGACAUCCCACCGCAGGUCCCUGUACGGCCCAUCUCCUACACUCCCAGCAUUCCAAGCGAUUCCCGCAACAAUCUGGACCGCAACUCAUUUGAGGGCUCAGCCAUACCAGAGCACCCAGAAUUCAGCACGUUCAACCCUGAUUCGGUGCACGGGCACAGGAAGACAGUGGCUGUCUGUAGUGUAGCACCCAACCUGCCUCCCCCCCCACCCUCCAACUCAGUGUCCGAUAGCGACUCCAUACAGAAGCCCAGCUGGGAUUACGACUAUGAUGCUAAAGUGGUGGACUUGGACCCGUGUCUUAAUAAGAAGCCGGUGGAGGACAGUGCCUGUCACCCUUACAACACCAGAGGCAGCAUGUCUGAGGUCCACUCUCUCAGCUCCUUCCAGUCCGAGUCAUGUGACGACAAUGGCUAUCAUUGGGACACAUCUGACUGGAUGCCAAGUGUUCAGCUUCCUGGAAUCCAGGAGUUUCCUCUGUAUGAAGUAGUGAAGGCCCAACCCACCAUCUACAGUGACCCUGCCCUGUUGGACACGGACUACUAUCCCGGCGGAUACGACAUUGAAAGUGACUUCCCUCCUCCACCCGAUGACUUUCCUUCCCAUGAUGACUUGCCCCCUGCUCCACCCGUGCCGGAGUAUGGGGAUCGCUACGACACAUUGCAGCCCACCACACGAGCGCUAAACAGCGCCCCCUCUAGUCCUGGAGGAUCUGGAGUACGCCAGCGCCCACCCAUACCCCAACUCUACAGCCUCACCCAGUUCCUACCCCACCACCAUUACUCAUCAGACACCGAACCUCAGACCAACCCCACCAGCACCAUCACAUCAUCCUCCACCGGAGGAUACCGGCACAGAGGCUUCCCGCUGGGCUAUGGCCGCGACUUCGAUCUCCCCGUUGCCGAUAACAUGUCGCUCUCGCUGUACACAUCCACAGCGUCCUGCUCGGACAUGUCCGCCUGCUGCGAGGAGUCGGAAGUGAUGAUCAGCGAUUAUGAGAGCGGUGGAGAGGAGGAGGGAGCGCAGUUUCAGAGGCUCAUCAUACCGCCGCUGGACUCUCAACAGCAGCAGCAGCAAACUGAAGUCUGACACUGGAUCCAGAAUAUCAAAAGUGCCUAAAUGAAACCCUGCUCCAGGAGACUAACUGUGUGUUCAAACCAUAACCACACCACACACACGGUACACAAACGUAGUCUUACACUUAAAGUAAAUGCCAAACAUCCAAACGCACACACUGUAUACAUCUGUAUCUCACUCAAGAGCGGUUUUGAAAAGAUGUGCUUAAACAUGAGUUCUCUCCAGUGGCUCGUGUGGGCUGUUAUUAAUAUUAUAAUUAUUUAACAGUAUUGGGGAGAACAUUAGACUUGGCUGUGCCAUUAAAUAGUAUGUUGAUCAUCAUGCACAAGAUCAUACUGAGAUGUACAAUUUACACAAAAAAUAUAACUGAUAGAUUGUUCUGGAUAAUGGGAGAAAAGCAUAAUUUGAAGGUGAUAUCUGUAUUUGUAUAGAUAUAACCAUGCAAACAGAUUUUUUAUACAAAUCCUCAUUCAUUUGUAAUGUAAAUUUUAAUGUACAGUUUUGAUUUCAAGGUUUUACUAGGUCUUUGUAGCUAUUUUUUGCUUUUUUUCAGAAAAGAAAGACAGAAAAAAGUAGUAUACCAACUCAAAUGGUGUGUCAUUAUCAGCCUUACUGUAUGUCUAUUCAAAAGCAGAGAAAAGAGCAGAAAAUAAUAAUAAUAAAAAAAUAAUAAUGUCAAGGAAGUGAAUGUGUGAUUAUCACAACACGCAAUCAAUUCUGAAAGGAUGUCUGCAUAUUCUUGUGAUGUGUUAUGUUUUCUUUUCUUUCUUUUUUUUUGUUGAUUGUAAAUUGUGACUUUGGAACAUCUUUAUUUUUGACCAUGAAAAUGGGACCCAAUAUAUUUAUAGUGCGAGAUUAUUCACAGACAUGUGACUUUUUCAGGGUCUGUGUGUGUGUGUGAGCAAUGCUAUGGUCUUGAUUCAUGAUUUUUAUUAAAUACUGCCACUAGCUUAACUGCUUUACUACUGGCAAUAAAUUAUUCUCUAAAAUGGG